CCGAGGUAAAGAUGAAGAUUUGUUGAAAUUGUAAGAGAUUUAUGCUUCGUUGAUAAAGAGAAAGCUAUUUAUUGGUCUAGCAGAUAAGUAGGUCUUCUGUUUCUUUAAGUAAUGAUGUCAAGCUUACGUUUCGCAAGGUUUGCAAAGGAGUUCAUGAAUUAUGGAGUUAGGAAAAGAAGCUCCUUGUUAUCUUGUCCUGUAUCUAAGAGAUUCUGCUCCUCUGCACCAAAGCCCUCGGAUAAUGAUUCUAAAAUAGUCACUAAAACACUAAACUCAGGAGUUACUAAAGUCAUCGAGCUUGCAGAGAAGCCAAUUCAAUCUAAACAAGUUGCUAAGUCUGUUCCUUCUACUCAUGUUGUCAAGUUUGAGCAAGCUAUGAGUCAAGGAAAAACGCGGGAAAACUUCAUCGAAGUCCUAGAAGCAUUCACAAAGGAUAAUCAACCACGACGUGGACAUAUGGAGCUUUUGAAAACUUCCUUAGAAUAUAUGGAAAAAUUUGGUUUGGAAGGAGAUCUGGAAGCUUAUAAUGCUAUGUUAAAUGUUUUUCCAAGAGAAAGAUUUAAAAAUAGAACUCUUUUUGAUGCAAUAUGGCCUAAAAUGCACCCUCAAGUUGAUCUCGCACUUGAAAUUUUAACCAAGAUGGAGGAAAAUGUUAUUAAACCAAGCUUAGAGACUUAUGAUCUUUGUGAAGAGAUCUAUGGUAGAGCCAGUCAGCCUGUUCAGAAGUGCCGUAGACUUGCUUUCUGGCUGACAAAGCUUGAAGAAAUGUUUCCUCAUCCAUUGCCUCAUGUCUUGCCUGAAGAUGAAGUAGAGCUUAGCAAGUUAGCAUUAGAAAGAAUGACGAAGGAUCCAAUCCCUAUUUUAAUUUAUCAGGAAGGAAAUGAAGAGAAAGGUAUAGAUUUUAUUGUGGGUUCUCAAACCUUGAAUCAAAGAUCAAUACUAGAAUCGUAUGAUGCAGAAAAACCAGUUUAUGUUGAAGGACCUCACUUUGUCUGGAUAAGACGCCUAAAAAGACAUUUUUAUACUUUACGCUCACAUGGAUGUGAAGGAAAAGAAGAAGAAGACCUUGAAGAUGGUGAAGGUGCUGUCUUGGCUGUAUGUAUGACCAACACAAGCUGUAGUCAAGAGACACUUCAACAGUGGAUAUCAAGACUGCAAGACCAAACCCCAAACCUUGCUAACAUCAAAGUCAUAUUCAACCUUCACACAACAGAACAAGGACAUUUAUAAUAAUUAUUAUGAAUUUGAAAUAUAAAAAAGAUGAUUUCUUGGUUCAGAGUUAUGGUAAAAGGGGAUAGUAUUUCUUAAUCUCUAAUGGACUGUUCAUUUUUCAAUAAAUUUUUCAAUGUUU